CUGAAGCCCAGAGGUCAUACAGGAAAUGAAUCGAUGCAGAGAAUCCCUUCUCUCACACUACAGCCACUAGACUCCAUCAUUUGUAUCCCUGGUCAUUUGGUUCCAUACAAAUGGUCUCAUUUAGUUCUCACAACUUCUGGUGAGGUAGUGGGCAGUCAUUACCCGCACUGUACCGAUGAGGAUAUCAAGGAACAAAACUGUCCAGGAGACUCGCCCAAGGUAAAGGCAAGAACCUAGAAUGCUCAGAUCCUGGUUUAGUGCUCCUUUAACCCCAUCCCAUUGUCUUACAGAGGUUCUAGAAUGAACAGGUCAAUGUUGUGAGGUAGAUUCCAGGUACAGAAGGGAGGGACUAUGAGGUGACAUUCUAGAAGGGUGGGGAGGGGAGGGGAGAGGGCAGAGGACUAUUUCCUCACAAACAGGCGCUUUGGGGUAGCCAUGUCCUAUUUCAUGUCUCCACAAACUCAUCUAGGUCUUCUGCCUUCCGGCCAAGGUGAGACUGCUUCUAGAGGCUCAUCUCUUGGCCCCUAUAGUCCUGUAGAGCCAGUGGUGGUGGCCUCUGGUGGACGAGGCCAACUGAACCAGAAAACUGAGCAGGUGGUACCUGCUGUCCAGGCCUGGGGCCCAACUCUGGCAGUGCCGGAAGCCAGGGGCUGCCCUGGGGGGCCUAGCUGGGAGACACUGCGGCAGAAGGAGUACGGCCGAUACUGCCACAAGUUCCCCCAUGUGAAGCAGCCUGAGAGCUUGGGCUGGGAGGAUGGCUGCUCCAGAAGCAGAGCUCCCCACCUGGGUGGCUCCAGCAGGCCUGGGCCCCUACUACUGUGCGGGCUAUCACCAGGAGUUGUGCCGAAGCCCUCUGAGGCAGGGGGAAAGGAGGCCGGCUCCCAGCCCGACAUCUGCAUCCUUACCCUGGCCAUGAUGAUUGCUGGCAUCCCCACCGUGCCGGUCCCAGGCCUGCGGGAAGAGGACCUAAUCCGGGCGGCUCAAGCUUUCAUGAUGGCCCAUCCAGAGCCAGAGGGGGCUGUGGAGGGGGUGCAGUGGGGGCAGGUGCAUGCCCGCACAGCCUCUGGGCACAUGCCCCUAGUGAGAUCCAGGAGGGGCCAGCCUCCUGGCUCCUGCUUGUAGCUGAUGAAAUAGCGUCAGA